AUGAGGCCGGAAACAUUUGGCCGCUUCUACGCGCCGCGUGAGAGAGGUGCCGUGACCUCCAUCAACGCUCUGUGCAUACGCCUUAGCAUCAGUCCCGCCACGACGCGUCCGCAUGCGCGUCCGCCCCCCGAAGUAGCCGCAUCCACCUGCACUCCGCCAUCUCCAUCCCCACAUGCCACAAGAUCGACGAGCCACAAUGCCGCGGCCCGGCGCUCUGGCUGGGCACUGCACGCAGCUUCGCUGACUCCCGACCGGACGACGCACGGUCCAUUCCAUCGCACCCUUCGCCAGCUCUCUACCGCCAGUCAGGCCGCAACUAAGGCGGCAAAGAAGCCCACCCGGCGGAAACGUAAGAAGCCCGAGCCAAAGGACGAGAUCGCAGAGCCAUGGCGACGCCAGGUGAAGCUCCUGGGCCUGGAGAAGGGACUGAGCCAAGGACAGCGGGCUGUGCUCGACAUGGUGGUAAACCAGGAAAAAAGCAUCUUUUUUACCGGCCCCGCAGGCACCGGCAAAUCGCUACUUCUCAAGAGGAUCAUCGAAGGCUUGACGGUCAAGUACCUGGACGAGGGGAGCGCCAGCGUUGCCGUUACUGCCUCCACCGGCCUCGCCGCAUUCAGCAUCGGCGGCACAACCCUUCAUCGCUUUGCUGGCAUCGGCCUCGGCAACGCGCCCACCAAAAGACUCAUCUCGGACAUCAUGAAGGACAGGGAGUUCAAGCUACAGCGCUGGAGGGACGUCAAGGUCCUCAUCAUCGACGAGAUCUCCAUGGUAGACGCCACCCUCUUCGACAAGCUCGACACAAUCGCCCGCCACGUGCGGAUGGAUGACUCGCCAUUUGGGGGAAUCCAGCUCGUCAUCACCGGGGACUUCUUCCAGCUGCCGCCUGUGCUGCAGGGGCGGGAUGAUGGCAGUCCGCGAUUCUGCUUCGAAGCCCAGGCAUGGCAGACGGCCGUAAAACAUACCAUCGGCUUGACUCAAAUCUUCCGACAAAAGGAUCCCGUCUUCGCUGGCAUGCUCAACGAGAUCCGGGAGGGCCACCUCUCGCCAACCAGCAUCGACGUCUUCAAAGCGUUAAGCCGGCCGCCCAAGACACUCGUCGACAACGGUCCCGAGCCUGCCGAGCUCUUCGCUCUACGCCGCGAUGCAGACGCCGCCAACACAAGACGUAUGCACAACAUCAAGAAAGCCGUCAACACCUAUCACGCCAUAGACGGCGGCAUAAUCACCGACACAGCCACCCGGCAGAAGCUCCUGGCCGACUGCACCGCACCCGAGGUCCUCCAGAUCAAGGAAAACGCCCAAGUCAUGCUGAUCAAAAACAUCAACAAGACGCUAGUCAACGGAUCCCUAGGCAGGGUCGUGGGUUUUGCGAACAAACAUACGUUUAUCCGGGGCCAGUGGACCACACAACCGCCGGACCAAACGCACCACUGGCGCGCCAAACUCCAGCCAUCCCUACUCGUGGACUGCGAGAAAGACCUCCCCGUCUUCCCCGUCGUACGUUUCCAGCUGCCCAGCGGUGACGCCCGCACCGAGCUGUGCGAGCCCGCAGAGUGGUCCGUCGAGCGCUGGGUCCGCGAGCCCUGGUCCCACGACGGCUGGGACGUCGAGAUUUUGGCGACCCGUACCCAGGUGCCGCUGAUUCUGGCGUGGGCGCUCAGCAUCCACAAGUCCCAGGGCCAGACGUUGGAACUUGUCAAAGUGGACUUGAACCGCGUCUUCGAGAUGGGGCAGGCCUAUGUCGCAUUGUCGCGCGCGAAGACCAUGGAGGGCUUGCAGGUGCUCAAUUUCAGUCCCGGGAAGGUGACGGCCCAUCCGAGGGUGAAGGCGUUUUAUGCGGCCUUGGAGAAGACGUAG